UGUUGUGGCGGGAGGGGUGGGGGUCCUGCAGAGUUAAGGACUGUCCUCUCCGGUGCCGAUCGCGCGGCCCGCUUCAUUUCCUUCCUUCCUUCCUUCGUAGCUGCCGGCUCCAAGAGUGCGAAGAUGUCCAAGCGGCACCGGUUGGACCUGGGGGAGGAUUACCCCUCCGGCAAGAAGCGUGCGGGGACCGAUGGGAAGGAUCGAGAUCGUGACCGGGAUCGUGAAGAUCGGUCUAAAGAUCGAGACCGAGAACGUGAUAGAGGAGAUAGAGAGCGAGAGAGGGAGAAAGAAAAGGAGAAGGAAUUGCGAGCUUCAACUAAUGCCAUGCUCAUCAGUGCUGGAUUACCACCUUUAAAGGCUUCGCAUUCAGCCCACUCUACCCACUCAGCACACUCAGCACAUUCAGCACACUCUGCUCAUUCAGCACACACUGGGCAUGCAGGACACACGUCACUGCCACAGUGCAUCAACCCAUUCACCAACUUACCCCAUACUCCUCGAUACUAUGAUAUUCUAAAGAAGCGACUUCAGCUCCCUGUUUGGGAAUAUAAGGAUAGAUUUACAGAUAUUCUGGUUAGGCAUCAGUCCUUUGUCCUGGUCGGUGAGACUGGAUCUGGUAAAACAACACAGAUUCCACAGUGGUGUGUGGAGUAUAUGAGAUCAUUACCAGGACCAAAAAGAGGAGUCGCCUGUACCCAGCCCAGGAGAGUGGCUGCAAUGAGUGUGGCACAGAGAGUUGCUGACGAGAUGGAUGUGAUGUUGGGCCAGGAAGUCGGUUACUCCAUUCGAUUUGAAGACUGCAGUAGUGCAAAAACCAUUCUUAAGUAUAUGACUGAUGGGAUGUUACUCCGCGAAGCUAUGAAUGACCCCCUCCUGGAGCGGUAUGGUGUAAUAAUCCUUGAUGAGGCUCAUGAAAGGACACUGGCUACAGACAUCCUCAUGGGCGUUCUGAAGGAGGUUGUAAGACAGAGAUCAGAUUUAAAGGUUAUAGUUAUGAGCGCUACCCUAGAUGCAGGAAAAUUCCAGAUUUACUUUGACAACUGUCCUCUUUUAACUAUUCCUGGGCGUACACAUCCUGUCGAGAUCUUUUAUACACCAGAGCCAGAGAGAGAUUAUCUUGAAGCAGCAAUUCGAACAGUGAUCCAAAUUCAUAUGUGUGAAGAGGAGGAGGGAGACCUUCUGCUAUUCUUAACUGGUCAAGAGGAAAUUGAUGAAGCCUGUAAGAGAAUAAAGCGUGAAGUUGAUGAUUUGGGCCCCGAAGUCGGUGACAUUAAAAUCAUUCCAUUAUACUCCACUCUUCCACCUCAGCAGCAGCAGCGUAUUUUUGAGCCUCCGCCUCCAAAAAAACAGAAUGGUGCAAUUGGAAGAAAGGUAGUUGUGUCCACUAACAUUGCAGAGACAUCUUUAACAAUAGACGGUGUGGUGUUUGUGAUUGAUCCUGGAUUUGCAAAACAAAAGGUAUACAAUCCACGAAUCAGAGUUGAGUCCCUCUUGGUGACAGCCAUUAGUAAAGCUUCAGCUCAACAAAGGGCUGGUCGAGCUGGACGUACCAGACCAGGGAAGUGCUUCAGACUUUACACAGAGAAAGCUUAUAAAACGGAAAUGCAGGAUAACACCUAUCCUGAAAUUUUGCGUUCUAAUUUAGGAUCAGUUGUAUUACAGUUGAAGAAACUGGGUAUUGAUGAUUUGGUCCAUUUUGAUUUUAUGGAUCCGCCAGCUCCUGAAACUCUGAUGAGAGCCCUAGAACUUUUGAAUUACCUGGCUGCUUUAAACGAUGAUGGAGAUCUGACUGAAUUGGGGUCCAUGAUGGCAGAGUUUCCUCUAGACCCACAGCUCGCUAAAAUGGUUAUUGCAAGUUGUGACUACAACUGUUCUAAUGAGGUCCUAUCUAUUACUGCUAUGUUGUCAGUCCCACAGUGUUUUGUUCGCCCCACGGAGGCCAAGAAAGCCGCAGAUGAGGCCAAGAUGAGAUUUGCCCACAUUGAUGGAGAUCAUCUGACUCUGCUGAACGUCUACCAUGCUUUUAAACAAAAUCACGAGUCAGUUCAGUGGUGUUACGACAACUUCAUUAACUACCGGUCCCUGAUGUCCGCGGACAAUGUGCGCCAACAGCUCUCCCGGAUUAUGGACAGAUUUAAUUUGCCUCGCCGGAGUACUGAUUUUACAAGCAGGGACUAUUAUAUUAAUAUAAGAAAAGCUUUGGUUACUGGGUAUUUCAUGCAGGUGGCACACUUAGAGCGAACGGGACACUAUCUCACUGUGAAAGAUAACCAGGUGGUUCAGUUGCACCCCUCCACUGUUCUUGACCACAAGCCUGAAUGGGUGCUGUAUAACGAGUUUGUCCUAACGACAAAGAAUUACAUCCGGACGUGUACAGACAUCAAGCCAGAAUGGUUGGUGAAAAUUGCCCCUCAAUAUUAUGACAUGAGCAAUUUCCCCCAGUGUGAAGCAAAGAGACAGUUGGACCGCAUCAUUGCCAAACUUCAAUCCAAGGAAUAUUCACAGUACUGAAUGCUUAGAACUGAAGUUAUUCAGAGGACAGCUUUAAAAGAUGAAUGAACUCAAAAGUUCAAGUUGUGCUCUUCACGUUGGUUCAAUAAUGGCCUUUAUUUGAAAGCUUUUUAAUUUUUCUUUACAGUAAAUAUUCCAUUCUGAUUUCAUAAAUUAAACAUUUAUGCCUCCCUUUUGUGUUGACACUGUAGCUCAUACUGGAAAAGUCGAUCAAUGUUUUGCAGUUUAUUGAAAGUAGUUCUAUAUAUAACAAUGUUAUAAGCAUUUCUUUAGAAAUGGUUGAAAAUGCUUCUAAAAUGUGAUUAUCGACCAUGGUAUGCAUGAUCGUUGUAAUUGUUGACAUUCCUUUUAGAAGUUGUGAAAUGUUACAACUUGUGCUUAUGUAGACACAAUCUUCUGUCUCAGUACAGAGGCACUGACUUCAAUAAAGUCUAUUUAUACUAAUUUUGGCCAAAGCCCUUUGGUAUCUUUGUUCUAGUCUCUAAAUAUAGCCUUUUCUUCUUCCCAAGUUGUGGGGCUUUUUCCCUUUUUAUUAAAACUGUACUAGUAUUGCAUAGUAUCUUUCUACAAGGAGUAUUCCUUAGGUGAAGUAGUCACUAGAGCAAUAUUUUUAAGAGCAUAGCUUAGCAUUUUGCUAGGUAAAUCAUGAUGUGAUCUAAUGGGAUAAAGUGUGUAAUGUUCCUUUGAAAUUGGAUCUCCUAAGACAGAAUAAUGGAACGUUUUUUUCCCCUCUUUUAAGUUCAUUUCAUAAAGCUGAUAAUUUAAUUUAUUAUAUUGUUACCACAUUUUUGUCAAAUCUUUUUAUUAUACUUAGGUGUAAACAUUUUAAGCCUCUGAAACAUGUUUUAUUUGUAUUCAGAUAUUGUAUUGUGGAUCUCAAUCAAUUUUGCUAAAUUCUCAGUGUUGGAAAUUUUUAUGCAAUAUACAAAGUAACUCAUAUAAAGUGUUAAAAGGUUAAAAUGUGAAUUUGACCUUCCAUUUUCUAUAACAGGCGGUAGACAGGUCAGAAGCCCUAUUGGAACCAAAAUGAGGUAUUUGAUGUGGCCCAUCAGAGAUUCUGUAAUAAAUCUGUUCUCUCAGACUAAA